AUGGUGCACUCCGAUGUUUUCCCCAAACACGUUGUGUCUUCGGAUGCCAAAGUUGUUGUUGUGAAGGAGGUAGAUGUUAGCAACCAAUUUAAGAAUGAGAAAGAGUUUGAAUUUUGUGAUCACGUGCUUCAAUGGAUUCGUACGGAGGCACUCAAACUGGAUUUUGGUAUGGUAAUCGGAAGGUCUGAUAAUGAUUCGAAUAAAAGAAGUGCAUUUGUGACAAUGACAAGCGAAAGAAGUGGGAAAUAUAAAACUCCUCUAUGGAAUUUUAAACGAGAUGACACCGAUUCAAGAAAAUGUGAAUAUCCCUUUAAGUUGCCUGGUUAUAUGUUGACAAAUAAGAAAUUGAGAUUUAAUGUCAUAUAUGGUUUACAUAACCAUGACUUGUGUGAAAAGUUAGUCGGUCGUCUAAUUGCGUGUCGCCUCAUGCUGGAAGAGAAGAAAUGUGUUUCAGACAUGACAUUGAAUUUGGUUCAACCGAAAAACAUACUUACAACUUUGAAAUGUAAAAGACCCGAAAAUAUCUCAAAUAUGAAGCAAGUGUACAAUAUUUGGUACCAAAAUAACAAGGCACUAAGGGGAUAUAGAAGUGAAUGCAAAAACUAUUGA